AUGGCUGACACCGACCAUCGCCGCCGCGGCGGCGCCACCCGCGCGCACGUCGUCCUGUUCCCGUUCAUGGCGCAGGGCCACGUCGCGCCGUUCCGGUGCAUCGCCGCGCUAGUCCGCCGGUGCCGCCCGGACGCGCGCCUCACCGUCGUCGCUACCCCCGGCAUGGCAGAGGCCUUCCGAGCCCACCUCGUCGCGGAUGGCGUCGGUGAUGGGCGUCUGGCCGGCGUCCACGAGCUCCCGUUCCUCCCCGCGGAGCACGGCCUCCCCGCCGGCGCCGAUACCUCGGCCAGCAUCGGGUUCCAGCAGCUCAUCACCCUCUUCCUCGCCUCCGAGUCACUCCGCCCGGCGUUCCGGCGCUUCGUCGACGAUCUCAGGGCGGCCAACCCCGGCGACGACAUACACGUCAUGGCGGACAUGUUCUUGGGAUGGGCGGUGGACGUCGCCCGCGACGCCGGCGCGUCAAGCUCCAUCGUGCUCACCUGCGGCGGCUACGGCUCGGCGCUCUACUUCUCGCUGUGGGACAGUGUCCCUCUUCCGGCGACAGCUUCCCCCGACGACGGCUUCCCGCUGCCGCGUUUCCCGGAUGUCCGCGUGCAGCGCUCGCAACUCACCAACCACCUCGCGGCGGCCGACGGCAAGGACGCCUGGUCCACGUUCAUCCAGAGGCAGAUCGCUGCCUUCUCCCGCGCCGACGCGCUGCUCGUCAACACGGCGGAGAACUUGGAACCCAAGGGGCUAAGCAUGCUCCGUCAAUGGCUUAACGUCCCGACCUAUCCCGUCGGCCCGCUGCUCCGCGCGCCGGCGCCCUCGCCGGAAGCCAAGAAGACGAGCCCCAUCCUGGAGUGGCUCGAUGAGCAACCACCUGGCUCCGUGCUGUACAUAUCGUUCGGAUCGCUGUACAGGAUCACUGCGCCGCAGAUGAUGGAGCUCGCGAGAGGGCUCGAGCAGAGCAGCCAUAGGUUCGUCUGGGUGAUCCGGCCGCCGGCGGGGAACGACGCGAACGGCGAGUUCUCGCCGGAGUGGCUGCCUGAGGGGUUCAGGGAGCGCGCGGAGGCGGAGGGGCGCGGGCUGGUGGUGCGGUGCUGGGCGCCGCAGGUGGAGAUCCUGGCGCACACCGCCACCGGCGCGUUCCUGACGCACUGCGGCUGGAACUCCGUGCAGGAGGCGCUCGGCCACGGCGUGCCGCUGCUCGGGUGGCCGCUCUCGGCGGAGCAAUUCUACAACUCCAAGCUGCUCGCGGAGGAGAUGGUGUGCGUGGAGGUGGCGCGCGGGAGCGCCGCCGUGGACGCGGCCAAGGUGGCAGCUGCCGUGGAGGCGGUGCUCGGCGAGACGUCGAUGGAGCGCGCCGCGAUGAAGCGGAGAGCGGCAGAGAUGAAGGAGGCAAUCGACGCGGCGAGGGACGGCGACAAAUCGUCGGUGACGGUGAUGCGGAGGUUCUUGGACGAGGUGUUGCCGCCGCGCGGCGCUCAGUUCAUGGCCUCAUGGGCGCUCCAAUCAGCAUGCUUUCGGGACGGCGCGAUGAGUCAUCAACUCCGGUCAUCUCACCCAAUGAUGUAAAAUACGGAAUAAUAUGAUUGUUAGAUGAAUUAAGGUAUUGUAAAACGGCUAGUUGAAAUAAAUUAGAAU